GUGAGGACUACAUUAUGGGCCUUGGAGGUCUUCUAUCUCUUCUACUGCUGUCCCAAGGAAUUCAGCUUGUUCAAGGAAAUUGUGGUAGUGGGGAGUUUCAGUGCACCAGUGGACAAUGUAUUAACAUCGCCUGGAGGUGUGAUGGAACUAAAGACUGCACAGAUGAUUCAGAUGAGCAAAACUGCCCACCUCCUUCAUGCAGCUCACAGGAAUUUAAGUGUGUAACCAGUGGUGAAUGCAUCUCGUUGGGAUUUGUCUGCGAUGGGGAGGAAGACUGCAUCGAUGGCUCAGAUGAACAAAGAGCAUGUGGAGGACGGACCUGCAGCCCAGAUCAGUUCACCUGCCGAGAGGGCCAGUGUGUCCCCAAAAAAUACAGAUGUGACCAUGUGAAGGAUUGCGUGGACAACUCUGAUGAAAACAACUGCGACUAUCCACGAUGCACUGAGAAGACGUGCGCUAAUGGGGCCUGUUACAACCACUCUCAGCAUUGCAAUGGGCUACAGGACUGCAGAGACGGCUCUGAUGAAUUCAACUGCACGACUCAGCACUGUCCAAUCCACCGGUAUCAGUGUACAAAUGGCUACUGCAUUCCACAUUCAUUUGUGUGCGACCACUGGAAUGACUGUGGGGACAACAGUGAUGAGCAAGGCUGUGUGUACCAGAGCUGUAAUGGCAAUGAGUUUACAUGCUCAAGUGGCCGUUGCAUUCCUCAGCGCUGGGUCUGUGACCAGUUCAACGACUGUGGGGACUACAGUGAUGAGAGAGGAUGUGAUAGCAACUCUCGAGACUGUUACCCUGGUGAAUGGGGAUGCCCGGGCUCGGUAGUAUGUAUACCAGUAGGAAAAGUGUGUGAUGACAAACCUGACUGUCCUGGAGGAACAGAUGAGACCAACUCUACAGCUCAGAAAACCUGUGGCCUGGACCAGUGCUCGACCUUGAGCUGCGAGUAUCUUUGCCACCCGUCUCCUGAAGGUGGUGCUUGCUACUGCCCUGAUGGUUUCAUUGUAGCCAAUGACAGCCGUUCCUGUGUGGACUAUAAUGACUGUCAAAUCUGGGGAAUCUGUGACCAGGUGUGUGAAGAUCGACCUGGGACGCAUCACUGUAGCUGUGCUGAUGGAUACUUCUUGGAGCAGGGUCACGUCUGCAAAGCAAAUGUGUCAGGUGGAAUUCCACAGCUAAUUUUCACCAACGGCGGCGAUGUGAUGAUGGCUGAUAUACACGGACGCUUUGCCAGAACUCUGGUGCCUUCCCAGGGUAAAGGUUAUGCUGUAGGCGUUGCAUACCACAAGAAUAGUGAGACAGUCUUCUGGAGUGACACAUACACCAAAAAGGUAUAUUCUGCCAACUAUAAUGGCGGUGACAUUAAGGAGAUUCUGACUGCUGCAGUCCACAAUGUUCAGAACCUCGCUGUGGACUGGAUCAACUUCAAACUCUAUGUAUUAGAGGCCACUGUGGAGCGCAUCGACAUGUGCGACUUUGAUGGAGGGAAUCGGGUCACCCUGGUGGCUGAAAAUCUGCAAUCUCCUCAUGGCCUCGCCCUGGACCCGACAGUUGGCUACAUGUUCUUCACAGACAUGGGUUAUGCUGGUGAGCAGAUGAAGCUGGAACGCGCCUAUAUGGAUGGCAGUAAUCGUCUAGAGUUGGUGAAGAACAGGCUUGGCACUCCAACAGGAAUUACCAUAGAUAUUGUCAACCAGAGGGUCUACUGGUCUGACAGCCACUUUGACACGGUGGAAACCGUUACGUACAGUGGUUUGGACAGGAAAAUAGUCCUCAAUGGUGGAACCCAGGCCCCACAUCCUUUUGGAAUUGCUGUGUUUGAGAACCAUGUGUUCUUCACUGAUUGGACCAAGAUGGGUGUAGUGAGAGCUAACAGGUUCAACGGCAGCAAUCCAACACUUCUUUAUCGAACAACAAUGCGACCGGGCCAUGUUGUUGUCUCACACCCUGUUCUGCAACCUUUUGUGAUGAACCCUUGUGGUAGACACAAUGGUGGCUGUCAGCAAAUCUGUGUCUUGAGUCACCGCUCUGACAAUGAUGGUCUGGGCUUCCGCUGUAAGUGUCGCCAUGGUUACGACCUGCAGCCUGACCGGCGGACAUGCUUCAAGGUGAAGGACUUCUUGUUGUUGGCCACCUCUCUGGCGGUGCGGGGAAUCCCACUGAACGUAUCCCUCCAGGAGGACAUCACCCUUCCCCUCACUGGGCCCGGGACUUCUUUCUCUGGCUCUGCUGUGGAGUUUGACAGCAAAGAGGAGUCAAUUUUUUACAACGACAGGUCCAGAGGUCUUGUCUAUAAGUCAAACCUCAAUGGCACCAUUCAUCAGAUUUUGACAGGCUACAGAGUGGGAAUUAUAGAUGCCAUGGCAUACGACUGGACCUCCCAGGUUUUGUUUUGGACCACAAGCACCUAUAGGUCAGUGGUGGCCUUCAGAGUCACAGACAAGUCCAGACGAGACAUUGUGAUUGGACUGAGGAACCCUAAAGGAAUUGCAGUGCAUCCCAGUGCUGGCUACUUAUUUUGGUCUGACUGGUAUCGUCCAGCAGUCAUCAUGAGAGGCUUCACUGAUGGCAGCAAUGCCAGUCCUCUGGUCAACACAACACUGGGAUGGCCGUAUGGACUCGCUGUUGACUAUAUGAUGGACCGGCUGUACUGGGUGGAUUCCCUCUUGGACCAGAUUGGUCACAUCAGCAUUCAAGGAUUUAACAGGCAGACAUUCACCAAUAUCGGCCAGAUCACUCAACCAUAUUCCCUUACAGUUUAUUCAGACUACUUGUAUGUGUCUGAUACAAGGACCAGAGCAAUAUUUGAGAUGAGGAAGCGGGAUGGAGGAGGAAACAAAAUGAUCAGACAAGGAGUUACUGGAAUUAUGAAUGUCAAGGCCUACACAACUGACCUCCAAAACUUAUUCACCAGCCGGUGCAAUAUGGUGCUCAACGGGCUCUGCAGCCACUUCUGUUUCCCGACCCCCUCCUUCAGUCGAGUGUGCGGCUGUCCAUACGGCAUGAAACUUCAACCCAAUCAGAGGGACUGCAUUAAGGAUGAUUCGGUUCCCCCACCUGACAACAACUGUGGUGACUACGCCUUUGAGUGUGAUGAAGGACGCUGUAGGCCCAAUUCCUACCGCUGUGAUGGGAUUUUUGAUUGUGUAGAUAAGACAGAUGAAGCCAAUUGCACUGAUACAGGAGCGACCUGCUCUCCGUAUGCGUUCACCUGCAACAACAAACACUGCAUCCUGUCCAAUUGGCGCUGCGACGGCAUGGACGACUGUGGUGACGGCUCUGAUGAAAUGAACUGUCCCACCCGUCUCCCUACCACCUGUGCUGCUCAGUACUUUACCUGCAAUAACAACAGAUGUAUUACUAAAGCAUGGGUGUGUGACGGUGAUAAUGACUGUGGUGAUGGGUCUGAUGAACACAAUUGCAAUUCAACCAUCACUACAUGCCCUCCUUCCUACUUCCUGUGUCCUGACCACCGCUGCAUAUCCAACUACAAUGUGUGUGAUGGGGACCAGGACUGCUUGGAUGGCUCUGAUGAGAAAAACUGUGAGUUUAAAUGUUCCUCCUAUGAGUUUGCCUGUGCCAGUGGGGACCAGUGCGUCAGUCAAAGUUAUCGCUGUGAUGGAGUGUUUGACUGCAGGGACCAUUCUGAUGAGCGAGACUGCCCCACUCGAGGUCCAGGCCUGUGCCACAACGAUGAGUUCCAGUGCCAGACAGAUGGCUUCUGUAUUCCAGAUGAGUGGGAAUGUGAUGGGCAUCCAGACUGUGAGGAUGGAUCUGAUGAACACAACAGCUGCCCAGAGAUCACCUGCAGACCCAACUACUUCCAGUGUUCCAACAAGAUGUGCAUUCCAACAAGCUGGUUGUGUGACGGUGACAACGACUGCCGGGACAUGGGCGAUGAACAGAACUGCCCCACCCCUCCAUUUUCUUGUCCCUCCAGUCAAUGGCAGUGCCCCACUGACCAGGUGUGCAUCGACCUAGACAAGGUGUGCAACGGACAGAGGGACUGCCCUAAUGGAGCAGAUGAGUCACCUAUUUGCAACCAAGACGACUGUGCACUGAAUAACGGGGGCUGCGUUUGGCGUUGUGUCCAAGGACCAUUUGGGGCUCAAUGCGUCUGUCCAGAAGGAUUUCAGUUGCUCAAUGACUCAAAGACCUGUGAGGACAUCAACGAGUGUCUCAUCCCAGGUUUCUGUAGCCAGCAGUGCUACAAUGAAAGAGGAAGCUUCAGGUGCUACUGCUCAGAUGGUUACCUCCUGGAACCUGAUAGACGCACCUGCAAAGCUACAAACCCUAUAGCAGCUGUACUUCUGGUUGCCAAGCGCAGUCAGAUCAUUGCCAACCGGAUCAACAUGAAACCACCCCAGUUGCAGCCAGUGAUAAGCGGUUCAGGCAUUGUGACUGUAGACUUUGAUUGUGCUACUUCCAAAAUCUACUGGGCUGAUGCCUCACAGAAAAAGAUAUGGAGUGCCUACCAGAACGGCACCAACAGACGGGAAGUUUUCUCUACUGGUCUGAUGGUACCUGAGAGUAUAGCUGUGGACUGGGUGGCAAGGAACCUUUAUUGGACCGACUCCGUCAUGGAGAACAUUGAGGUGUCCACUCUGGAUGGUCGCUUCCGGAAAGUCCUCCUAACCAAAAAUGUUACCAGCCCCCGAGGAUUGGUUUUAGACCCUCGUAAUUAUACCAACCUGAUGUUCUGGUCCGAUUGGGGUCAGAACCCCAGGAUCGAGCGAGCUGACAUGGAUGGAGCCAUGAGACGAGUCAUCGUCAGCACGAAGCUUUAUUGGCCCAAUGGCCUAACCCUGGACUACACCACACGCAGGGUCUACUUUGCUGACGCCUAUCUCAAAUAUAUUGAUUACUGUGACUAUGACGGGAACAACCGCAAUCAGGUCAUAGCAAGUGACAUGGUUCUUCAGCACCCACAUGGUAUGACAAUCUUUGAGGACCACAUCUACUGGUCGGAACGCUACACCAGCAAAGUGAUGAGGACUAACAAGUUCCACGGUGGCAACAUCACCACUCUAAUGAGCAGCGUGUACCAGCCCAUGGGAAUCGUUAUGGCCCACCCUGUCAAACAGCCCACAUGGGCCAUCAACCCAUGCAGAGAGCACUUGUGCAGUCAGCUGUGCCUGCUGUCAGGCGUGAGACCUAGGUACUAUACCUGCCACUGUCAGUCUGGCUGGAAACUGGACACUGACAAACGCACCUGUAUCAAAGACAGCUCUCCCUUCUUGAUGGUGGUGAGAGAUUCGGUUAUUUUUGGCAUUCCUCUGGACCCUGCUGACUCCUCCAACAAUGCAAUGGCCCCUGUGUCUGGCAUCAGCCAGGGGAGGGACAUCGACUUUGAUGACCAGGAGGAGCUAGUCUAUUGGGUGCAGAGCACUGGUUCUAUAUGGCAAGUGAAAACCAGCGGUGCCAACAGGUCAGAGUUUGCUCCAUCAGCUUUCAUGGGAUCGCCCUCUGGUCUGGCUUUUGAUUGGAUAAGUCGAAUCAUGUAUUACACCAAUCCCACUGUUAAAUCCAUAGAGGUUAUCCGUGUAGAUGGAAACGAACACUAUAGGAAGACCCUCAUCACCUCCACUGGCAAACCGGAGGGGGCAGGAGAGCCCGUUGGAAUAGCCUUGGAUCCAGUCCGAGGGAAAUUGUUUUGGACAGACAAGGGUUCAGACAAUGGAGUUCCUCCAAAGGUUGGCAGUGCUGACAUGGACGGAGGCAAUCUCAGGAACCUCUACACAGGCAACAUGGCCAACAUAGGAUUCAUCACCGCUGACAUUUCUACCAGGAAACUGUACUGGGGUUUGGCAGGCUCAGGGGUAGUACGGAUUAAUUAUAAUACUUUACCUUUUGUGUUUACCCAGAUCGAGAGUGGCACCAUGGAUGGUGUAACCCGGGUGACAGUGAACCACCUCUACUACACCGACCUGGACUAUGAGGUCAUCGAGAGGGUGGAAAAGGACACCGGUGCCAAUAUGGUGAUGAUGAGGAGCGGCAUGUCUGGCCUGCGUGCCCUUAAAGUACAUGCCAGAGACAACUCAGCAGGGACGACUAAUGCCUGCAGCUCCAACAAUGGGGGCUGUACUCACCUCUGUCUGCCCAAACCAAACAAUCAGAAGACCUGUGCCUGCACCACAGGCUUUUACCCAUCUCAGGAUGGCUCCCGCUGUGAACAUUAUGAAUCUUUUGCCAUUGUCUCCACUCCCAAGUACAUCCGUGGUUUCCACAUAAACAGCUCAGACCACUCUGAGGCUAUGGUGCCGGUUGGUGGACCUUCCUACUCCAUGAAGGGGAAGUUGGACCUCCAUAUCGAAUCUGGCUUUGUAUACUGGACUGAUAACAGCACCUCCACCUCCUACAGAGGGAUCUUUAGGGCCAAAAUAGAUGGAGGACAUCACAGGAGUGUCAUCAACUCAGGCGUUGGAAGAGGAGGCAUCCAGGGAUUUGCUGUAGACUGGGUUGCUGGUAACUUGUACUUUAGCAAUGCCUUUGAGAGUGAGACCUUCCUGGAGGUGCUGGCCAUCAACACCACCUACAGAAAGAUUCUCCUCAAGUCCUCCCAGGACCAGCCCCGUGACCUGGCUGUCAGCCCCAAGCUUCGCUACCUCUUCUGGACUGACGGUGGCCAAACGCCUAAGAUUGAGCGGUCCCUGCUGGAUGGCACCAACCGCACUGUACUGGCAUCAGAGAGCCUGGCGUCCCCUCGUGGCCUAACUGUCGAUUAUUUCAGUGACUUUCUUUACUGGACGGAUGAUGCUCUUGAUAUGAUCUCGCGCAUGGCCUCAGACGGCUCACAGAGACAGAUUAUCCGGUAUGGAAGUAGGUAUCCAUCUCCGACAGGGAUGGCUAUAUUUGGAAACAACAUGCUGUGGGUGGAUAAAAAACUUGGCAAGCUCUUUCAGGCCAGUACAGACCCAGCCAACACCACCCAGCCAGAGGUAAUACGAGACAAUCUUGAUGGACUGAUGGAUGUUACCAUCUUUGACGUUCAUGUCCAACCAACAUCUGCCAACCAGGUGGACUUUAACCCAUGCCAGGAAGACAAUGGACGCUGCCAGCAGCUGUGCUUUGCCAUACCAGACCAGCAGAAGCCAAAAUGUGGUUGUGCACAUGGGUCACUCCUUAAUAAUGGUGUAACAUGUGGUUAUGGACUAGAUGAGUAUCUAGUUUUCACCACAGACUACACACUGAAUAGCUUGAGGUUAGAUCCCACGGAUCACAGCAGCCCUUAUCCAACAGUGAACCUGGGCUACAGCUUAAUGGCACUGGAUUAUGACUUCAAGGAAAGGCGAAUUUUCUUCACUCAGUACAUGGGGAUAGGCCGGAGUAGGAUUGGCUACAUCACCACAACAUCUGCCACCAGCCCGCCGAUCAUUAUAGCUUCAAAUUUGGAUGACCCAGAGGGCUUGGCGUAUGAUUGGGUCAACAAACGUCUGUACUUCACCGACUACUACAGCCGCAAUGUACAGUCCAUAGGGGUGGACGGGAUGAACCGCUCAAUCAUUGCCCAUGCCAACCGCCCCAGAGGCAUUGUUGUCGACCCCUGCUAUGGUUACACGUACUGGACUGACUGGGGCACUCCAGCAAAGAUUGAGAGGGCCACACUGGGUGGUAACUUCCGGACUUCCAUCAUUGACAGUGGUCUGUCAAUGCCCAAUGGUCUGUCUUUGGACUAUGAGGAGAGGAUGUUGUACUGGGCAGAUUCCUCACUAGACAAAAUUGAGCGGUCCACUUUGACGGGUGAGAACCGACAAGUGAUUGUGCAGGGGGUCCAGUAUCCCUUCGCCAUAACUGUAUUCCAGCAGGAUAUCUUCUGGACUGACUGGACUGAGAGAGCCGUCUAUCGGGCUGGGAAAGAUGAUGGCUCUAGCUUUGCAGUGUUGAUGCAGGACAUGCAGUACCGCCCAAAUGGCAUCCACGUUUAUGCAGAGUCUAAACAGGACAACUGCUCCAGCUCCUGCCUGCAGUUCAAUGGAGGCUGUAGUCAUGUCUGUGUUUCUGGUCCACUGGGCCCCGAGUGCCAGUGUCCUCAUCAGGGGAAGUGGUACCUGGCCAAUAAUGGUAAAGACUGUAUUCAAGACACCGGGAAACGCUGCCAACCAGAGCAGUUCACCUGUCUCAAUGGUAACUGCAUCUCCGCACGCUGGAAGUGUGAUGGCUAUGAUGACUGCCAGGACAACUCGGAUGAACUAGAGCGAGUGUGUGCAUCCCACACAUGUUCAGCCAUGGACUUCACCUGUGACAAUGGGCGUUGCGUGCUACUAAGCUAUGCCUGUGACUACACAAAUGACUGUGGUGACAACAGUGAUGAGCAGGGCUGCCCCUUCCCUACAUGUAACCCUGGUACUGAGUUCACCUGCGGCAACGGACGCUGCAUCAGUGCAGCCUUUGUCUGUGACGGCCACAACGACUGCAGAGACAACGCUACUUCCGACGAAAUCAACUGCCCUGACAGGACAUGUCCUGCGGGUCAGGUCAAAUGUGACGGUACCAACAUCUGCAUCUACCCUGAAAGCCUUUGUGAUGGUUACAACAACUGUGGAGAUAACAGUGAUGAGAAUCCUCUCUUCUGUGCGGGUCGCACAUGCUCUCCGGACGAGUUCCGCUGCGAUGAAGGGAAGUGUAUCCCUCCGUCUUGGGUGUGUGACUCCUACAAAGACUGCAGUGAUGGGACAGAUGAACCUCCCUCCUGUGAGGAUCAAAUCCAGACAUGCGGUCCCAGCCAGUUCACUUGUACCAAUGGAAACUGCAUCCCUCAGUCAAUGGUCUGUGAUGGCAACAAUGACUGCUGGGACAACAGUGACGAAGCUCCCGAACUGCAGUGUGGCCAACGUACCUGCAGUUCCAACCAGUUCACCUGCCCCACAUGGCUCCCGGGCCACCCACGCUGUAUCCCUUCAAGCUUUGUGUGUGACGGAGAAAAAGACUGCGCCAAUGCAGCUGAUGAGCUCCAGAACUGCCGCAACCGGAGCUGCCAUAUGAAUGAGUUUGCCUGUUCUAAUGGUCUUUGCAUCCUCAUCCCCUACCACUGUGACCGUGUGAAUGACUGCGGGGAUGGCAGUGACGAAUUGGGCUGUACCUACGAUACGUGCCGCAGCAACCAGUUCACCUGUAGCAAUGGAGCUUGCAUUCCCAACACCUUCACUUGCGAUGGGGAAAAUGAUUGCUUGGAUGGUUCAGAUGAGGCAGACAGCUUGUGCAUCACGCCCCAGCCCACCUGUGCUCCUCAGCAGUAUAUGUGCAAGUCAGGGGAGUGCAUUGACCUCAACAAAGUGUGCAACGGACAGAAGGACUGCCAGGAUAACAGUGAUGAAAAAGGCUGCGGAGUCAAUGAGUGCCGCAAUCCUUCAGUCCACAAGUGUGCCCAGAUCUGCACCGACACCCUCACCGGUUACUAUUGCUCCUGCAACCCCGGCUACCAGCUCAUGCCAGAUGGCAAAGCCUGCGAAGAUCUCAACGAGUGUCUCAGCACACCUGCUGUAUGCAGUCAGAUCUGUGAGAACACUGUUGGCUCAUACCACUGCAAAUGUGCCCCGGGAUACAUCCGUGAAGCGGACGGACGCACCUGUCGUCAGAACAGUGGCAUUGCCCCGUACCUGUUGUACAGUAAUCGCUACUACAUCCGCAACUUGACUACUGACGGAUCACAAUUGAGCAUCGUCCUGCAGGGGUUGUCCGACGUGGUGGCAUUAGAUUUCGAUUACAUAGAGAAAAGGCUUUAUUGGCUAGACACAUUGGCUGGAAAGAUUGAGCGAAUGCGCUUUGAUGGGAGCGACAGGGAGACACUGGCGGAUUACAACAUGGGAGGAGCAGAGGGCCUGGCACUUGAUUGGGUGGGCAGGAAGUUGUACUGGGUGGACAGUUAUUAUGGCUCAGUUCACGUGAUGGAGCUUGAUGGGCGCAACAAGAAGAAACUGCUUGAUGGGGAAUUCACAGAGGGGAAUGACACUUAUAUUAUCAGCCGGCCUCGUGCUGUGGCUGUCAACCCUAAAUAUGGAUGGUUAUACUGGACCGACUGGGGAGACACAGCGUAUAUCGGCAGGGUUGGCAUGGAUGGAAGUAACGUCAGUGCCAUUAUCACAACUAAGCUGGAAUGGCCCAAUGCUCUGACCAUAGACUACACCACCAACAAGAUCUUCUUUGCUGAUUCCCACCUUAACUUUCUGGAUUUUGCAGACAUGGACGGACAGAACCGCCACCGAGCCAUUGCUGGUACACUUCCUCAUGUCUUCGCUGUUACCCUGUUUGAGGACUGGAUUUACUGGACCGACCGGAACAUGCACACUGUGGAGAAGGCCCAUAAGUACACAGGCGAAGAGCGAACCAUCAUGGGCAACAAUACACACCGGCCCACUGACAUUCAUGUCUGCCACCCCUACAGGCAACCUCGAAGUGAAAACCCUUGCUCCUCCCAUGACCUGACCUGCAGUCAUCUGUGUCUGAUUGCACCUGGUGGGCAGCGUGCUACUUGCGAGUGUCCAGAUCACUUCAUUGGCCUUGCUGUGGGCUUCAAGAUCCAGUGUGUCGCUGACUGCUCCAGCACCCAGUUCCGCUGCGGGGACAAUGAGAGGUGUGUUCCUAUAUGGUGGAAGUGUGACGGCCAAUCAGAUUGCGGUGAUGGCUCAGAUGAACCUCAGACCUGCCCGCCCCGUUAUUGCUCCAUUGGCCAGUUCCAGUGUCAGGACGGCAACUGUACCUAUCCUGGUUUCAUCUGUGAUGGCGACUCUGACUGCCCUGAUGGUUCAGAUGAGGAUGCUGCUCUCUGCAGUGACCACCGAUGCCAGGAAAACCAGUUCCAGUGUAAAAACAAGAAGUGCAUCCCUGUGUCCUGGCACUGCGACGGGGUAAAUGACUGUUCAGAUGGCAGUGAUGAGGACGCCGAUAUUUGUUCCCAGAGGACCUGCAAACCAGGAGAGUUCCAGUGUGCCAACGGGCGCUGCCUGCCAUCGAGCUAUGUGUGUGACGCCCAGGACGACUGUGGAGAUGGAUCAGAUGAACCAUUUGAAACUUGCAUGGGCCCAGACUACAAGUGCGAUGAGGACACUGAGUUCUCCUGCAAGACAAACUACCGCUGUAUUCCUCAGUGGGCCCGAUGUGACGGCAGCAACGACUGCAUUGAUAACAGUGAUGAGCAAGGCUGUGAGGCGGUGACCUGUGACCCUGUGGGUGAUUUCCGUUGUGACAACCACCGCUGUGUCCCCAUCCGCUGGCAAUGUGAUGGCGCCAAUGACUGUGGUGAUGGCUCAGAUGAGAGGAACUGCCAGCCAAGACCUUGCUCUGAAAGUGAGUUUCGAUGUGACGAGGGACAGUGCAUUCCUGGAAACUGGGUGUGCGACCAUGACAACGACUGUGGGGACAACUCAGACGAACGAGACUGUGAGUUGUACACGUGCCGUCCAGGUUCAUUCCAGUGCGACUCAGGUCACUGUAUCCCCGCUGCUCUGCAGUGUGACGGCCGGCCUGAUUGUCUGGAUCUGUCAGACGAGACCAGCUGUCCCACUCGUUACCCAGGAGGCCGUUGGUGCCCUCAGCACCAGUUCCAGUGCGGGAACAGUCUGUGUGUGAGCCAGAGCUGGGUGUGUGAUGGCAUGGACGACUGUGGGGACAAUUCAGACGAACAGCUCAGCUUAUGCUUGAACAUCACCUGUGAGAUGCCGUCCAGGUUUCGCUGUGCCAACGGCUACUGUAUCUUUGCGGGCCUGAUGUGCAACAAUAAGGACGACUGCGGGGACGGCAGUGAUGAAAAUGAAGAUCUCUGCCGUGAGCCCACACUGGCCCCCUGCACACUGGAAGAGUUUAAAUGCACCAAUGGACGCUGUGUGGCUCUGCCCUACGUGUGUGAUCACAACGACAACUGUGGGGACCGCACUGAUGAGUUAGGCUGCAAUUUUGGCAAUGACCGCAACUGUGAGGAGAAGCUGUGUCAGCAUGAAUGCAUCAACCUGAACGGCACCGGCUUCAUCUGCUCCUGUAGACCCGGAUACACGGUGGACCCUGAGAGCACCUACAACUGCCUGGACAUCGACGAGUGCGAGGUGUACAGCACCUGCCCUCAGGUGUGUAAGAACACCAAGGGCGGCUAUGACUGUGAGUGCGCCCCUGGCUACCGGAAAGUUGGAAACGGCAACAUGUGCGAGGCUGAGGGGCCGACUCCUUUGCUGCUUCUACCGGAGAACAUUCGUAUCCGGAGGUUCAACCUGCAGACAGAGGCCUACCACGACUUCCUCAAAGAGCAGGAGCACAUCAUGGCUCUGGACUACGACUGGGACCACAACAACACCGGAUUAAGUAUGGUGUAUUUCACUGUGGCCGGUAAGGACUCUAUACCAGGUGCCAUUAAGAGAGCGUACAUACCUUCAAUGGAUGAUGGCAGUAACAACAUUGGUGCUGCUGUAGAUCUUGGCAUUAAAUACAUCACAACACCAGACGGCAUUGCUGUGGACUGGGUGGGCAGGAACCUGUACUGGGCAGACUCCAAGUUGAAGAGGUUAGAGGUGGCCAUGUUGGAUGGACGCUACAGGAAGCACCUCGUCAAGACUGAGCUUGGUUACCCGUCUGCUGUGGCAGUCAACCCACGACUGGGGAUGUUGUAUUGGUCAGAUCGCGGGGAAGCAGCCAAAAUCGAGUGUUCCUGGCUGGACGGUCAAGAGAGGAAAAUCCUGGUGGCCGACGGCUUGGGUUGGCCCACUGGCCUGUCCAUCGAUUACGCCAACGGUGACAGAAUCUACUGGUCUGACUCCAAGGAAAGCCGCAUAGAGUCUAUUCUGCCUUCAGGAGAGGAUCGCAGAACUGCUGUCUACAUAGAUGUGAGAAACCCCUUCAGCGUGAGUGUGUUUGAGGACCACGUUUAUUGGAGCACUCAGGAGAAAGGCGAGGUGUUCCGGCAGGACAAGUUUGGUCGUGGUGAAAAAACCAAACUGCUGACUGCUGGACCCUGGCUGACCCAGGUCUCUGUGUACCAGCAACAGAGAUACAACUCCAUAGCCAUGAAGAAUCCAUGUAAGGGAAUCUGCAGCCAUCUGUGUUUGCUCCGACCACAAGGUUACACCUGUGCCUGCCCCGAGGGUACCAGCUUUGUCCCUGGCAGCAACACUGAAUGUGAUGCUGUUGGGAUAGCCAUCGGGGUGACAUUAGCGAUCGUGAUUCUGCUACUUGUUCUGGUUUAUGCUACGAGGCAGAAAACCAACCUGAUGGAGAGGCUACGCAACAGUAUGCCCUCCAUGCCCUCCAUGCCGUCUAUGCCCUCCAUGCCAUCUAUGCCCAACAUGCCAGGCUUCAGGAAUGGUUCAUCUCCAAAUGCAAAUGGAACAGAAGAUACUGUACCCUCUAUGUCUGUGUCCAUGGUUGAGGCGAAUGAGAAGAAUUUUGAGAAUCCAGCAUAUGAAUCUGGAGAAGAGCCUGUUGUUAGCGGCCUGGCGACGGCCACCUCAGCUCCUGUUGGAACAAAUGAGGAGAACAUUAAUAAUCCUUUAUAUGUGGAAGAGGUUCAAGUUGUGGACGAAGCCACAGUGCAUGUAACCAAACCUGCCACUGACGACCAGGAAGCCUUUGUGAACCCAGCAUACAACUCACAGAUACAAGAUGCUGAUGUCACUUCUGCACAACCAGCUGUUCCGAGCACACAGGUAGUCAUGGAGACACAUGUUACUUGA